AUGGCCUCCCAGCGGGCUCUGCUGCCCCUGCUGCCCCUGCGCCCCCUGCGCAGCUUGCUCACCCGGCCGUGCGCCCAAGCUGUGCGCGCGCAGCAACGGGCGUCGAGCUCCCAGUCGUCGUCCACCCAGGCGCUCGCCUACAAGGCCCUGCACCGCCGCAUCGCCCCCCUCCCCACCGAAGACCGCCCGCCCGCCUGGUCUGCGCCGGCCGCGGUCAGCAGCAUCCUCUACGAAACGCCGCUGCCGUCCCAGAAGCCCCACAAGCGCCACAUCCUCAACUGCUUGGUGCAGAACGAGCCCGGUGUGCUGUCGCGCGUCUCCGGCAUCCUGGCCGCCCGUGGCUUCAACAUUGACAGCCUGGUCGUCUGCAACACCGAGGUCGAGGAUCUCUCGCGCAUGACCAUUGUCCUGCAGGGACAGGAGGGUGUCGUGGAGCAGGCCCGCCGCCAGCUCGAGGACCUGGUCCCCGUCUGGGCCGUGCUCGACUACACACAGUCGCCUCUUGUCCAGCGGGAACUGCUCCUUGCCAAGAUCUCCAUCCUGGGCCCGGAGUACUUCGAGGAGCUGCUGGCCCACCACCGCGACAUGGCCUCCAACCCAGACCUCGACGGCUUCAACGAGGAAGACCUGACCGACGAGGAGCGCCACGCCUUCGCCGACGAGGCCGCCCGCGAUUCUCUGAGGAAAGACUACCACCCCAGCAACCUCGCUGUCAGUCAAGCGCUCCGCCACAAGCACGAGCACCUGCGCGCCAUCACCUUCAUGACCCACCAGUUCAAGGGCAAGGUCCUGGACAUCAGCACCAACAACUGCAUCGUCGAGCUCUCGGCAAAGUCGGACAGGAUCGACUCCUUCAUGAAGCUCAUUGCUCCCUUUGGCAUUCUGGAGUCGGCACGAACGGGCCUCAUGGCCCUUCCCCGUUCUCCCAUCCACGGCUCAGAGGACGUUGGCGAGAAGGAGGCAGAAGACAUUGUCGACACGAGCUUGUUGCCUCCUGGCUAA